GGCUUUUAGAAUUUACCAAAUGCAUCUAUUUUCUUUUUCAUUCUCAUUCUUAUUUAUUAACAUUGCCACUGAAAUUUAGUCCUACCGUUUGAAGCAUUUGGUAGCUGUUUUGUAGAAAGCCAUUUUGUUGGACCCAUUUACCGUGCUGGAUUUGACAAAGUUGAAAGGGUGCCUUUUAAUGAUAAAAAGGGUUGAAUAAGUGGGUUUGUAGAAUUACAUGAGUGGGUUGUGACUGUGGAAUAGCACUUUUGCAUGCACUCUCUAGUAUCCAGUGUUUAAUCUGCACAUGCACGAUACUUCAUGAAUGACAUGUUGAGCAAGAGGGUAAGUUGAAAGCUGCUAAAUCUAAACGAGCCUACAAAAUAGCCUUGUUGAGAGAGGAAGGUGGUGAGGAACACAACAUGGGGAUUGGUUACAGCACAACAACACAUGAUAAAUGCAUUCACCACCAUUUACUUUCAGCCCAAAUAUCAAACUGUCAAUGUGUGGUGUUAAAGCAGUAUUUUAUAGUGAUAGUGAUUUUUCAGGAUGCUGUCAAAUAUGAAAAUGGCCGCGAAGUGUGUGGUUCAUCCAUCAUUGUAGAGUGGGCCAAGGGAAACCCUAGGAGACCCCUGGGAUAUGAUGAGUGUUACAAGUGUCAUCGUCCAGGCCAUUGGGCCAGAGACUGCUAUGAUGAUAGAGGUGGUGGGGGUGGCGGCGGAUAUCGCAGGCCAAGAGGGCGCUAUAGAUCCCCAUCUCCCCGAAGACGUAGAAGAUCUAGAUCAAGGUCCAGGGACCGUAGGCGUAGAUCCCGCAGCAGGUCCAAGAAGAGCCGUUCUCGCUCUCGCAGUAGAUCUCCAAGGAGAUCCAGAUCUAGAAGCAGGUCUAGAUCAAAAUCACAAAAUAAGAAUGGCGGGUCGAAGUCACGUUCACGAAGUAAAUCGCCAAGCAAAUCAAGAAGUCCUUCGAAAGAAAAGUCCAAGUCUAAGAGUCCUUCCAGAAGUCGCUCCAGGUCGCGAAGCAGAUCCGGCAGCAAGUAGCAUAGGAAAAAAGGAACGGAUCGACAAAUUUUUGUUAAAAAAAAAGAAUCUGCCCAUUUGGUUGGGAAGACUUUUCAGAAGGCUCCAAGUUGGGCAAUUUGACUCUUUCAGACAGGGCGAGGUCUUGUUAAAUUUCAUUAAUUUCAAUUAUGUAGUCACCUACUUCACUUAGAUUAGUAGAUAUUUCCUCUUUGCAUUUUAUUCUUGUGUCAUAUUUUUAUGUUUACUGAACCCCUUUCACCAAGUAGACUUAUCACGCUGGUUACGAUAACCAUGCAUACUUAGAUACCUUGGCGGUUUUAAUGCAUGGCAUCAAGAUUUUUAUAUAAUGGGUAAAUUUUUUAAGCACAAUAAAUGAAGUGAAUAUACCUCA